UGAACUCCUUUUUCUCGAAAGUUCCACAACCUUAUGCAAAAUCGAGCUUAUGACAAACGCCUAAAUGAUUAAAAUAUUACCUAUCCGGAACUCCUCGGGUCUUAUUCUUGUUCUCUAUUGCAUUUGAACGAACGUAAACAUGGCAGAGAAAUCGCACGUGGAUUUGGGUUUUGUGGAAAAAACUGACCCAGAAAAUUUAACAUGUCAACAUUUCCCCAGUAAAAUCGGUGGAAGGCCUGCAUGGUUGUCACUUGCACCAUUACCUUCCCCAAAUCAACUACAAUGUCCGAAAUGCAGUGGGAUAUGCAUAUUUUUACUUCAAGUGUAUGCACCAGUUGAGGAUGACAGCAAUGCUUUUCAUCGGACGGUUUUUGUUUUUCUGUGUAAGAACCCGAACUGUCACCAGCCAAACUCCAACGCACCUUUCUGUGUGGUGAGGUCUCAGCUUCCACGAGACAAUGACUUUUACAGCCCCGACCCCCCAACUCCUGCCACGCCCAUCCCCAGUAAGGGGGAUAACCUAUGUGCGGUCUGUGGAAUUGCAGGGCCGAAAUGUUGUGCUAAAUGUCACUCUCGCUCUUACUGUUCUAAAGAACAUCAGGUUAUUGAUUGGAAAAAUGGACACAAACAAAAUUGCUCCAACUCUGAAGAGGACGGAUCUACGAAGAGAUCACAGGUUCUCUUUCCAGAGUAUGAACUACUGAUUGAAGAAGAAGAGUUUCAGAAGAAGGAAGAAAAGUCAGAGUCUGAGAAGAAAGAAGAGCUGAGUUCGUUUCUGACAUCGGACAAGGCGAGUUCACUGUUACAGGACUGUACUCCGGAGGAGCUGGAGAAAAUGUCCAACCAAUCAGAAGACAGGACCUUUAGCAAGUUCAGGAAGCGGGUCGAGCACGCUCCCGAUCAGGUUUUGCGAUAUGACCGUGGAGGCAGUCCUUUGUUUGUAUCCAAUGACAACAAACCAGACAAUAUCCCACAAUGCACCUGUGGAGCCAAACGACAGUUUGAGUUUCAGGUGAUGCCCCAGCUACUGAGUCACCUGGGGGUGGACCAGGUUGGCGCCAGCAUUGACUGGGGGACCCUCUGUGUGUAUACCUGCUCCAAAAACUGUUACCAAGGCUACCAGUAUCAACAUGAGUACCUGUGGAAACAAGACUAUUCUAAGUGAUCCCAUGAAACAUGGAAUCUGUUCAAUAGUUGUUUACCAAGAAGGAAAUGAACACUUUUGAUUCAUUGUACAAAAACUUCAAAAACAGAUAUUCAUGAUAAACAAAUUGUGAGACAUAGUUGGAUAUCCAAAAUGUUUAAAACUGGAUCGAGUUAAAAUCAACCCAGACAUAGUUUAUAAUGAUGAAGAGAUGCACUUCUACACAGUCAUAAGUAUUGAGCUCAUAUGUGUUUGCCAAUAAUAAAGCAGAGAGCUUCAGUUUUAGAUUACAAAGAAAAAGAUGUCUUUUCUAAGCAACUAGUAUCUUAAUUUAGUGUAAAGAAAAAUGAAGAAAAUCUUAAUUAUUUUGGAAUCAUUCUGAAUAUUUUGCUUAUUAGGGCUGGAUGGUCAUGGCCAUUGUUUAGGCUAAAUGUAUUUAAGGUGGAAUAAAACACAUCAUCACAAAUAGGCCGCUGAUCAAAACGAUAUUUUGUUUUAUUAAAAGGAUUUUAUGAACUGAAACAUGUAACUUACUCCAUAGCCGAGUGUCAGACUUGUGAUCCGUUCAUCCCGAGUUCGAAUCCCGCAGGGGCUUUUGUUGUUACUUACUGAACUAAUUAUUUUAGUUAUUCAUUUUUUAUUCCCAAAUUCCAAAUUUUU